CCCCUCUGAACAUGGUUCGGCGCGUGGCAUCCCGCUGUCAAGAGUGUUCAUAAUUUCCGUUGCCUGAUUUUGAUAGCUGAGGUUCAGAGAGAUAUCGAAUGUUUUGCUUGAGUCAGGAAAUUGUAGACCAUAUCUACCAAGUUUUGACGAGCAAGAUUGCGCAGAGAUUUGCGAUUCAUCCAGACGCUUGUUGCAAGAUUGGAAAUGAUGUGCAAAUCUGUCGUGACACCACAAGUUCGAGGGUGAUGGAACGGAUCGACUAGGAGCUGAAUCUCGAUCGUAGUGGGUCUAAAGAGACGGCGCCGACCCGGUCUUUUCGCUUGCAGAAUGAACGACGCACAAUUGGUUGUGUGGAACGCAAUUGUCGUCAAUUUCAAGGUGUUUACGGACGUCGUGGUCGUGAACAGCAGUGUGUGCAGUGCUUGGCAAGGCUUCCAGCUCGGGAUCACAGCACAAUGUUGGCUGCAACCAGGACCUCCGGAACAGCGAUCGUCGAGCCGUAAUAAAGAGAUGGCCCCCGUUGUGACAGCAUUCUUUCUUCUUCGAACUGAUGAUGUUGGAAGCUGCAAUUCGACUUGCAUUUGGUCGAUAUCGACUUCAUCAUAUAGCCGAUCCUGCUGCUCUCCAAAACGGUGCCAAGCCGCGAGUCGUGCUGUUCGCUCUUCAACGUGUGCAAGCUAUUUUCAUUUGCUGGACACUCGUCGCCGAUGCGGGUUUCCCGCGUUCACAGCGAGCGUGCAAACUCAAAAGGGCCCCGCCUCAACGCUCCGCCUUUGCCUUGGCAAUAACGUUGUGGUCCAACUGCGGACGACGAGCGUUCCAAAGACGGACUGCAAUGCUGGCAGAGGUGUGAAAGCGAGAUUAAUGUGGCCUUACGGCAGCCUCUAUCUUAGGAGAUUUGCAGGCUGCCGUUGGGAGGUCGACCAAGGAUGUGGACGUGUCAGACCGUGCACGCAGGCUAAUUUCAAUGGGAAUCGUAUUUUGGUUAGGCUUGGCAGAGUCUUGUAUGGGAACUCGUCCACCGACGUCAGGAGCGUUGAACUGCUGCAGCACCGGGCAGCAGGAACUUCUCAAUUGGCUGCUGCGGGUUUGUUGAGUUCGCGCCAGCUCGCCGUCGAGGCACAGGCAGACAAAGAAUCAUGAGAGGGCCCGGAUGGGCACGCGGCGGUACGGUGUACGAAGCUACGAGUGAGACUGUACAGGCGCGAGGCAGCCAAGCAGCGCGCAAUUGCACAAUCUGCAGCAGUCGCAGCGCGGCAUCGUGCUGUGGAAGGUGUGCCCCCGGUGGGGGGAGCAGUGGUGGCCUGUCUCCCCUUGAUAGGCGCCUCAGAUCUGCCACUCUUGCAUGCGGAUCUCCAGCCUGCCCGGAACGCCGCGCAAGCAGCACGGCAGGGUUGUGAGAUAGCUGCUUACCACUCACUGCUCGGUUCCGGACCAGCGAGCAGGCCGCGUACAACGCGUGAAGGGGACGCAGACCAAGAGUGAGACCGCGCAAUGGGUUGACAGCUCUAGCUAAGAGCACCUGGAGCCACGCAGCGGCAGAGCGCAUGUGCUGG